CGACAACAGACGAUGACUUCACACUUUGUCGCACGCAUGAAGGGUAGCCAGGCACACAGAUACAAAGGCUGGCUGGCCCAUCUACAACACCUCGCCAUCAAUUAUGCAGGUCUUCACGGUGUUGGCCUCCCUUUCUGCUGUCUUGGCAGCGGUCAAUGAUUCACUGACCAUCACCACCAAUGUUGGAACAUUCAAAGGCAUUCCACAGUCCACUGGUGUCCGUGCUUGGCUAGGCAUUCCCUUCGGUGCGAAGCCCGAGCGCUUCAGGCCUCCUCGGCGAGCAAGCAUCUUACCGCAGAACGUCACAUUCAACGCAACUCAGUAUGGUCCAGGCUGUCCUCAAAACAAGGGUGCAAGCUAUACGGCACUCAACUCCUUGACAAAUGGUACACUUGGUAAUUUUACCGAGCGCGAAGACUGUCUCUCACUCAACAUUUGGGCGCCCUCGGUGGAGAGACUGAACUCUAGCAAGCCCGCUGCCGUCAUUGUCUACUUUUACGGCGGAGCCUUCAGUUUCGGUGGAAGUGCAGCCGACUUGUACAAUGGCUCGACCUGGGUGCAAAAUAACGACGACAUCAUCUACUGUACAUUCAACUACCGGAUGAAUCUCCUAGGCUUUCCCAUUGGUGCUCCAGAAGUGCCUCCAAACCAAGUUAACGUCGGUCUAUACGACCAACGACUCGCUGUCGAGUGGGUGUACAACAAUAUCCGUCAUUUUGGUGGCGAUCCUGAACGUAUCACGCUGCAUGGCGAGAGUGCUGGUUCUGCUUCCAUUGCUACAUGGCAGUAUGCAUACGAGUUUGACCCAAUUGCCAGCGGUCUCAUUCUUCAAUCUGGCUCGGAAAUCUCCUUGGCCAACCGUACUUCUACAAAUUCGACGGCCAAGUUGCAGGCGUGGAAUGUGGUUGCCAAUGCGUCAGGUUGUCCGCUGAACCAAACCGCCAAUGGCACGGCUCAGCAAUUCGCCUGUAUGCAACAAGUGCCCCUGACAAACAUUCGAGCGGCCGUCAACAAUCUCACUUCACUCAACAAUGUCUUCCAGCCUCAAAUUGACAACCUCACCGUCUUUUCUACGCAAGAGUACCUUGAAAAGCAACGUACUGGCCGGUAUGCGCGCAUUCCAAUGCUGGUCGGGACCAACGACAAUGAAGGCACCAUUCUCACGGGAUUGUACCCGUACCCAAUCACACCGGCAGACCUGACGAAGCAAGUCUACACAUGCGUGACGGCACUUCAGGCACACGUGCGCACAAAUGCAAGUGUCCCUGUUUGGCAGUACCGUUACCUGGCUAGAUACCCGCAGAACAUCAAUUUGGUGGCAAGUCUUGGCGUGUACCACAGCAGCGAGUUGCCACUUGUCUUUGGCAACUUCCUUGGGCUGCCAAAUGUCACCGCCGAGCAGCGAAAUCUUAGCAGCACGAUUCAAGGUGGUUGGUCGGCAUUUGCAAAAUCCCCAGCACAAGGCUUGACGCAGUAUGGCUGGCCUGAGUACAAUACGACAGGCAAGUCUCUCAUUCAGCUUACGAAUGCAGGUGUCACCUUCAACGCGAGUGCGUCAUAUAACGAAGGCUGUCAGAAUUUCUAUCCUCAGCUCAAGGUCUAAGCUCGAGUGAUGCGCAAAAUAACAUGAAUUCUUCCAAAUAUUCGGGCAAAUGUCAAUUGCAAUUGGUCAGGAGAGCGUAGACUAUAAUUGAAUAUAAGCAUGGCCUGAGCCAUCGAGCAUGACUACUUGUUACGUAAUAGGACUAGCACGCGUAUCCUUGCUAAAAUAUGGACAGUACGCUGUAAUCCAGCUGUUGUAAUCAAAGCGCCAAGACGAAAGCAAUUGUUGCAAUUGAUGCAAAAGGUCUUGCUCAAAUAUCGUCGUGAGGCAAAGUGACUUGUUCCAUCUGAUCAGCAACUGGGCCGCAGUGGAACCCCUGGUCGCUUAUUUGAAGUCGUUCAUGGUGUUGCGACCAGUCCGACGUCUGACUUGCAUUCCUCAAGCGCCGUCAAUGCCAGGGCAAGUCA